AUGCAGUCCACAGUACUCCAGACCUGCCGCCGCGCUGCCUUUGUUAGCCGCAUGUCCUCUGCUCGUGCCUUCACCACGUACUCUGGUGGCCAUCCCUCCGAGGGCCAAGGCGGCUUCUAUGGUUCGGCAAAAACGCGCUCCGAGGCCAAUUCCAAGUUCAGUCCUGGCGCCCGCGCUGAGCCACAGGAUCUGACCAAGCUUCAGCAGCUCAUGACAAAAUGGGAAGCGCAAAAGGCUUCACUGCCAACCGAAGAGCAGAAGAAGGCGCUUGCACGGAUCGCCAGCGAAGAGGAGACGCUCAUACAGCGAUUGCUUAGCCGAGGCACGCCCGUGUGGGGCCUCUCUACGCAACAGCGUCAGUUCGUGGCUGAGUGCAGCAAAAUCAGCGGCUAG